UAAAAAUAAAAAGAGAAAUGAAAAGCAUUGAAUCGCAUCGGAAUUAAAAGACGAGAACCGGAAAUGUUUUAUUGACCGAAGAAUCAAAUGAUUUGAUCCAUGAUCAAAACGGUUACUUUUUUUUUUCACGCAUUGGAAGAUUUCACUUGAAGAUCCGGUGAUUAUUGUGUGAGAAAUUUGAUUAGUUCGAUUCUAGCAAUGGAGUCUCGGAUGGAUCAGUACGAGAUCAUGGAGCAGAUCGGUCGUGGCGCUUUUGGUGCGGCGAUUCUCGUGAAUCACAAGGCUGAGAAGAAGAAGUAUGUAUUGAAGAAGAUUCGGUUAGCGAGACAAACGGAGCGUUGCAGGAGAUCGGCUCAUCAAGAGAUGGCUCUUAUUGCGCGAAUUCAACACCCUUACAUUGUUGAGUUUAAAGAAGCUUGGGUUGAGAAAGGUUGCUAUGUUUGCAUUGUCACUGGAUACUGUGAAGGUGGAGACAUGGCUGAGUUGAUGAAAAAAUCAAAUGGAGUCUAUUUCCCUGAGGAGAAACUAUGCAAGUGGUUUACACAACUACUGUUAGCAGUCGAAUACCUACAUUCGAAUUUUGUUCUUCAUCGUGACUUAAAGUGUUCCAACAUUUUUCUUACCAAAGAUCAAGAUGUUCGACUUGGUGAUUUUGGACUUGCCAAGACUUUGAAGGCAGAUGACUUGGCAUCUUCAGUGGUUGGAACUCCCAAUUACAUGUGUCCUGAACUGCUUGCUGAUAUUCCUUACGGUUUCAAAUCUGAUAUUUGGUCUCUGGGGUGCUGCAUGUAUGAGAUGGCUGCUCAUCGCCCUGCUUUCAAAGCUUUUGAUAUGGCAGGGUUGAUAAGCAAGAUAAACCGUUCCUCAAUUGGCCCUUUACCUUCAUGCUAUUCGCCAUCACUGAAAACUCUUAUCAAAGGUAUGUUGAGAAAGAACCCCGAGCAUCGGCCAAGUGCAUCAGAAAUUUUAAAGCACCCAUACCUGCAGCAUUAUGUUGAUCAAUACCGUCCAUCUUUUAGUCCUCCAGCAACGUCCUCCUCAGAGAAGCCUAUUACAACUGCUCGUGAAUCUAGGAAGAAUAUGGCUGAAAGCCAGAACAGUAAUAGUUCAAGUAGUGAUAAAGACAGUCUUCUUUCAAGUGAUAGAAACACCGCAACAAUUGUGUCCAACAGUGAAAGUAAAGCCACUGACACAGAUUUAAUUUCCAUUGAUGACGAUGAUGACUCUGAGCAGCCUCCACCAAGCGAAGAAGAACAUGGCUCUGAUGUUUGCAUUGUCAAGAUGGACGAAAGAAGGGUGAUGAAACCCUCUCUUGGUGAACAGGGAUCCAAUGUCGAAUCUAAGCAGCCAAAAACCAUUAGAAGUAUAAUGAUGGCUUUGAAAGAAGGCAAAGCUAGAGAAAAUGGUUCCCCAAUGAGAGGCAAUCGCAUAAAGGCUGUAGGUGUGCCAACCCAAAGAAGUAACACAGAAGCUUCACCCAAAGUCCUGAAACCCAGUGCUGUUGCUCCUGGUUUGAAGUCUAAUGCAGAUACACCAGUGGUUGCACAAGCAAAAUUAGUAGUUGAUUCUGCGAAACGGAUGCCAGGAUCAAAUCCCUUAAAACAUCAGUUACCUGUUAUUGACUCCUCUCCCAAGACAAAACCUAGACAUGAAGGGGUUCCUCCUCCUGUUCCAGUGAAACAUGUUGAAGAUGGACUCCCUGCUAAGCCGAGGCAAAGGACUCCUCCUUCCAAUACUGUGAGACGAACUUCAUUUCUUGGAAGGAUGAGGCAAGUUGGAAUUGACUCUCCAAACACAGUGAACAACACCGUGAAACUGGCUCCAAAUGUGAUAAAUCAGGAGCCUGAGAGUAUUCCUCAUCAAGUUCCCAAUGGUCGCUUAACUCAUGUUUAUAGGGAGAGCUCACAUGAGUCCAAGAAGGCUGUUGUUGGACCUUCCAAAGCAAUGCAAACUGAUAGCAGCAAUUCUGUCUCGUCAUCAGUGUCAAUUCAUGCAUUUGAGCUUUGUGAUGAUGCCACAACUCCUUUUAUUGACAUGGCAGAACAGAUAGACGCUGAUCAUGUUACAGUAACCCACUCAGAUGCCUUAGAAUCACAUCCACGCAGCUGCUCACCUACUUCUUUGCUAUCUGAGAUGCCUGGAAAUAUGUCUGGGCAAAACCAUGAAUAUGAUCAUAAAACUGUUACAUGCUCGGAUGAAAUCUCGGGGGCUGUCUCAGAUCUUCAGAAUACAGUUACUGAUGGGCAAGUGAGCUCAAAUGCAGCCAUUCAGAGUUCUGAAGAAAUCUUUGAUUGUAAUGAGGAAACCCCUUUAAACAGGCCUUGCAGUAUGGAUGAUACACCUCUAAGCAGGCCUACUACUAUUGAUAUUACCCCAAUUGUCAGGCCUAGUUCUAUUGAUAAUAGCACUAUAAGCAGGCCUAUUGAUAUUACCUCUAUAAUAAGGCCUAAUACUGUCGACAAUACCCCUGUAAGCAGGCCUAGUAUUAUUGAUGAUACUCCUGCAAGCAAGCCCAGUAGUAGGCCUGAUAUACUGCUCCAAUCAAAUACGUCGUCUGCAUCUAAUGAUAGUGAUGAAAAAUUUUGUCUAAGGGAACUUCUAUCUUCAGUAGCAGAAAGCACUGCUUCUGUUCCCCCACCUAUUUCUCCUAGUCAAAACAGUUUGCAGCUAGAUAAAGCAACUAUUUUGCAAAGUCCAGCUAUUGAAAAGCCAGCUGCUGCGCAACGUUCUCCUGCUUUUGAUGAUGUCAUACAUGUUAUAAGGCACAGCAGUUUCCGGGUCGGGAGUGAGCAGCCGGUACUGGAAACUGUAGAGAUGGGAGUUCAAAAUGUAGAUGUUGGGAAGCUCAUAAAUGUGGUGAGGGAUGAAUUGGAAAUGAGGAACAUGACCUCCCCAGUGGCCCUGAAAUCAUCUAGUAGCUCUGACGCUGUUAGUUUGAAAUCAAGUUUUUCGGAUCAUUUAAGUAACAAGGAAAUGGAUGUAAGAAAUCCCACUUUAGUUCCAAUAUAUAAUUCUUCUGAGCAAACAAAACCAAAUUCCCCCACAAUGCAAGACGAAACACCAGCAAAGGAAAUCUUAGAUGUUAAGUCUUUCAGGCAGAGGGCAGAGGCACUUGAAGGGCUUUUAGAACUAUCAGCGGAGCUGCUGCAGCAAAAUAGAUUGGAAGAGCUUGCAGUUGUUCUGAAGCCUUUUGGUAAAGACAAGGUCUCCCCAAGGGAGACAGCUAUCUGGUUAGCAAAGAGUCUUAAAGGAAUGAUGAUUGAGGAAUGUGGACGGAGUUCAUGAAACAUCAUGUCUGGCAGUAAGCUUGUUUUUAUUUUUAGUUAAUUGAUAUUGUAAUAGUAAUUCUUAGUUUUUUGUCAUGCUUUUGCAUAUUCAAGUUCCAUUUGAAUUGUUAAACGGAACAAUCGCAUCUGUUCUUUGUCGUCUUCUCAUUUUGUAGUUCUUUUAGUGCAUUUUGUUGUACAUAGUGGCAAUACAGAUUACAUGAUCUUGUCUUUGAGCCAAAUGUAUUGAUAUGAAGUAGUAUGUGGUGUAUGUAAGUUUCAGUGAAAUUGUUAAUAAGGUGUCUCUACGGUUGUUCUUGGCUGAUUUAAAUUAGAUAAUCUCUGGAGAAAUAAAGAUAGAUUGCAUGGCUACAGCGGGAAUUUACCUU